GCCGAGCAUUUAAAAGCACCGUCAGGAAAAACAUGUCUCUCUGCUAACAUCUAGCGGCUGCCAUGGAAACCUACAACAACAGCGCCCUGCAUCAGGAGGGUCUGUUCAGAGUAAAUGGAAAUGUCCGGGCUGUGGAGAGCCUGAAACAGCGGCUGGAGGGUGGCGAGGAUGUGGACCUUCUCUCUGAAUCUGACACAUGUACGGUGGCCAGUUUGCUUAAAAAGUAUCUCAGGGACCUGCCAGAGGGUCUGGUAGACUCAACAGUCCAACAGGCACUGAUACAGCACUACCAGGAGUGCGGUGAUGAUGGUUCUUGGUCAGAUAUGAGAGACCUGCUCCAGGAGCUUCCAGAUGUCCACCACAGCCUCCUCCGCUACCUCUGCCACUUCCUCACCCUUGUGGAGUGCAACCACAAAGACAACCGCAUGACUGCCCUCAACCUCGCCACUGUGUUUGGACCCAGUGUCUUCCACGUGGCUCCUGGUUUCGAAGCAAUGAAGGACCAAAAUAUCUGUAACAAGAUCAUGGUCAAGCUCAUCCAGAACUACAGCAAUAUAUUUGAGACAGACAAAGAAAAAGAAGGCUGCACAGAAGAGGAGGUGUGUGUGAUGGACACAGACACAGAGAAAUCACCCAGCCACCUCAAUGCAAAGACACCAACACCAGUUCCCAGGACGAAAAUUGGACAAAAAAACCGACCAGAAAAUGCAGAACGUCUGAACAAAUCCUCCACUAACACUCUGAAGGCAAGACCAAGGAAGAAGAAGGUGAGGAAAGGCAAGAGUGAUGGCAUGCCUGAAGCCGUCCUUCAGCCCAGUGGCUCUGCUCAGUUACCCCGUGCAAGGCCUCUCUCCAUACCGAUAGUUUUUCCCCUGACGUCUGAGCUGAGGGGUACCAGUCCAGAGGGGAUGGAGACAACUCCCAUACCUCUGGCUCACCAAGACAAUCCAGACACUACCUCGCGCCUUGGCUAUCCCGAUGUCAGCCCCUCUGGCAGCAUGGAGGCUCUCAGUAGUUCCAAAGAAGAAGAGAGGCCUAUAUCUCCUUUCUACAUGAGUAACCACCUCUCCCCUGUCCACUGCAGACCAGAUGUGGUGAAUUAUCUGGACAGGACAAUACGUUCAGCAGUGGAGCAGCACCUCUUUGAUGUAAACCCUUUAGAGGAUCAAAGUUCGGGGGACUGUGAGUUGACCCACUGUCUGCCUUCUCCAACGGUGACGCCAACUGCGCGACAGAGACGUCGACACCAGAGAGAGCAGCAGCAGGAGGAGGGCCUGAAACACCGAGAAAGAAACAGAGCUGCGUCCGUCAGGGCAGACACCAACAAGGAGAACAUCCCGUCGAGCAGUGGAAGCAGUUCAGGCAGCGUGGGGGAGGACACAGGCAGCAGCAGCGUGGACUCACCGGGAGGCCAGAGUGGUCACACUGAGAAAACCCCCAAACCUAGGGAGUCAAAACACAGCCCUAAGCUGGGCCAGCUAACCGACAACCAGGGCGCCCACACGCUAAAGGAAUGUGUUGGUGAGACACCAGGAGAAAAGCACAUGGAUACAUCUCAGAAAAGGAAUGACAUUUCAAGAAAAGAUGGCCUUCCUUCUCCUCCACAGACGUUAAGGAUGAAGAUUCAGGAGUCGCCCUACACUUGUGACACGGGGAGGGUCAGCGGCGGAGAGGUGCGAGGCUCGGACACGGACUGCGAGAAGACCAGCUGCGAGGACGUUCCCCGGCUGGACCUGACAGCACUGACCGAGGACAACAACUGGGGAGAUUCUCCGUUCUUUAACACCCCUUACCUUGAUUUCAAAAGCAUUUUCCAUCCAAGUUGUUGUGAUGAACCAGUCCCAGCAUACUCAUCUUUGCAGAGGGAGAGCAUGGACCGCGAGGAAGCUCGACUGUCCCCUCACGCCGGGGGACGCCUGAUCCGUCAGCUGCUGGAGGAAGACAGCGACCCAAUGCUGUCCCCUCGCUUCUACGCCUACGGACAGUGCCAGCAGUACCUGGACGACACUGAAGUGCCUCCCUCACCGCCAAACGCACACUCAUUUGUCAGUCGCAGGCGGAGUUCAUCUCUUGGCUCCUGUGACGAUGAGAAAGAGGAGUUGACAUCAGCUCAGCUCACAAAGAGGAUUCAUGUCCUGAAGAAAAAGAUCCACAGAUUUGAGGAGAAGUUUGAAGAGGAGCGAAAAUACAGGCCCUCCCACAGUGAUAAAGCUGCAAACCCAGAAGUGCUAAGAUGGGUAAAUGAACUGGCCAAGCUACGUAAAGAUCUUAAAGAACACAAGCUGAUGAAGUCUGAAGAGGAUCUGCCGCCUCUGACCCGUCAGCGCAGCAACACACUGCCCAAAAGCUUUGGCUCUCAGCUGGAUAAGAAACCUCAGCAGGAGAAAGUGCCGAAGCCGCCGGUGGAGAGCACCCUGGAGACCAUUUUAAAGAAGCUGCAGGAGAAGAGGGAGGAGGUGAACCGCCCCGAGGAUAUCAAGGAUAUGACACGGGAGCAGAUUGGAGCAGAGAAAGUCGCCCUGCAGAAAGCUCUCCUCUACUAUGAGAGCAUACACGGCCGACCAGUCACCAAAAGCGAGAGGCAAAUAAUGAAACCCCUGUAUGACAGAUAUCGCCUGGUCAAGCAGAUCCUGUGCAGAGCCUCCACGAUCCCUGUCAUUGGCUCUCCCUCCAGCAAGCGCAGAGGUCCCCUCCUUCAGCCCAUUAUCGAGGGCGAAACCGCGCUCUUCUUCGAUGAUAUCAAGGAGGAAGAGGACGGCUCCGAGGACGACGGAGACUCGAAGCCUCAGUUCACCGUGACCGUCCGGCCCGACCUCAGCGUCUUCCUGGACCACAUGGACGAGGAAGUGGACGGUUUCAUUUCACCAGUGGACGAGCUCUCACCGUCUAAAAACACGACGGACAUGAGGCUGUCCAACCUUCACUCCGCCACCAUGGAGGAACUUGUGGAGCAGCUCCAGGAGACCAGAGAGGAGAAGAAGAGAAUCCGCAAAAACCUGAAAGAGUUUGAGGACCAGUUCUUUAGACAAAACGGAAGAAAUGUGCAGAAGGAGGACCGCUCCCCAUUGGCAGUGGAGUACAACGAAUACAAGCACAUUAAAGCCAAACUGCGGCUGCUGGAAGUCCUCAUCAGCAAAAGAGACUCGGCUAAGUUCAUCUGAGAAAAAAUAAAAGACUCCAAAAGGACUGUUGCUUCGUUUCUGGAUCUGACUUUCCCUCUUGUUGCCAUCUUUGCUGCUCAUGUUUCUGGCUCGGGGAACAGAACAGCGGGGUUUUCCUCUGACGCCCGCAGAGAGCCGCCGACCCACGACUGAUUCAAAGCCACACAAAGUCACCUGCUUCACCUGAGAAGUUCAUUUCCAGCAAAACCUCACCUUCACAAGAGGACCUCUCUCGAGACUUAAGCAAGAUGCACACAAGUAACCUGAAUCACACUUGUAUUGCUAAUAAUUUAUUUCUAUUCCUUUGACUGUUUUUAUCAGAACAGAGAGGUUAUUUUUCUCACACUCUUACUGUAGAAGUCUUAAAAAAAACCUUGUAAGUAAAAUAAUAGAUAUGAAAUUACUGCUAUUUUUAAAGAAGGAUUUUGCGAUCAAGAUUUAUGUGUAUUUUUGUAGGGGAGACGCUACUAUUUGUAUAACUUUAAUCAGCUGAACAGUGUUCACUCAACCAAUAGCUUUCUCUAUUUCAGUUCUGACCAUCAUAUAAUGUCUGAAAUAAUCUUAUGUUGCUUCUCUAGAAGUUAAAUCGAGUAUUUGCUCACUUAAAGAAGUGAUUUCUAAUUCUAAUACAACCCAAAGACAGUGACUAAGAGUACAAACUGCAAACCAACAAGGCUCAAAUGUUCAUUCAAUUUGAUAAAAAAGCUCAUUUUUGUGAUCACUGGUACUUACCUAAGCAUUUGACUGUAUAUUUUAUGCAUUGACGUGCUUUCUUUCCCCCAUUUACUUCAUGUCAUAUAAGCUAUUUCUCGUCUUGAAAUCACUGGUAUGUUUGUGCUCACACUGAUCAGACUUGACAAGGCCAUUUGUGAGACAACUCCGUAGGACAGAAAUGGUCGCUACAAGCCCCAGUUUUCCCAGCGGUCUGUUUCCUUCUCAUCAACUCCAGAGCUCGUUUUGUUCUUUUGUAUAUAUGGAUCACUGUGUAUGUUUACAUUUCUGUAAGCGAGUACUUUUUUUCCUUUCUUUCUCCAAAAUGGAUGAUUAUCAGUGUGAAUUUCGUUUUUACUGAAUGUAAACACUGGCAAGGCUUAAUGAAUUUUGAGUGUGUACAUUUUAGUACAUAAAUUGUAUUUGUAUUUUGUAUAUAUUAUGAAUGAAAGAAUAUUUUUACUGAA